AAAUCACACUAAACAUGGCUUCUGUUUUAUUUUAAUCCCCCGUAUGCGGAUUGGGACGCGAUCCGUCACGAACACCUAAAUUGAGGCGAAUGGCGGUGCAGUUUGCAGGCGCGCGCGCUAUCGUGUGAUCCAAUAUGGCGGCUUGUGCUGUUCAGCUGAUUGACAAACGGCCCAGAAGAAUAGUUGAGCAAAAAGAGAUUGCUGUGGUACUUCUGAGGAAAGAGCUGCAUGCAAAGCAUCCAUUACAAAACCGGUGGGCCUUAUGGUUCUACAAGACUGAUAAAAGCAAAAUGUGGCAAGAUAAUUUGAGACUCAUCACCAAGUUUGAUACUGUGGAGGAUUUCUGGGGGUUGUACCAUAACAUUCAGAUGGCUAGCAAACUCUCAUCAGGAUGCGACUAUUCUGUGUUCAAGGACGGAAUCGAGCCCAUGUGGGAGGACCGGAGCAAUAAAUGUGGUGGACGAUGGCUGAUUACACUCUCUAAACAGCAGAGACACACAGAGCUCGACCGCUUUUGGCUGGAAACGCUGUUGUGUCUCAUCGGUGAAGGAUUCGGUCCCUACAGUAGAGACGUGUGCGGUGCCGUCAUUAACGUUCGCGCCAAAGGAGACAAAAUCGCCAUCUGGACGACGAACACCGAGAACGCUGAGGCUGUAACGUACAUCGGCCGGAAGUAUAAAGAGAGUCUCGGGCUUCCAGCAAAGCUUGUGAUUGGAUAUCAGGCCCAUGCCGACACAGCCACCAAGAGCAACUCCAUCACCAAGAACAAGUUUGUUGUCUGAACAGAAACCUCUCUGCGUCUUGUCCUCGCACCUGAGCACUGCUUUUCUCUCACAGUUUUUCUUUUGCAUUCAUUUGGGAGGAAAAAUCAUUUGGUCUAUGAAGUUUGUAUAAGUGAUGUUUGUUUUUGUUUGGAGCAUGUCAUGAUUGUCUCUUCCAUUUAU